AUGUCCACGAAUUCCGUGGAUGACCAAUAUAUUAACUGCAACCCCAAGAAGGAGUUCAAGGUGCAGAAGCCAGGAUAUCUUCCCGUCCCGAUGAAAUAUAUGUCAAUCUGGAAUGCGGCCAGAUGGCACUGGGCCAAACUUGGGCCAAGCGUCAGCAACAUCAAUCCCGUCUAUGGCACUGCAAUUGUGGCUUACACAAUGGGCGGGGGCCUGUAUCCUGAUUUCAACAACGCCGUCCGCAAUGCCGGGAAAUCCAAAUACGCUUACAAUCAUUUUGCCUUCAAGGACUUCUUCUUCCUCCUAACCAGGGCUGUUCAGGCCCGGAAGAUCAAAGGCAAAUGCUACGAGGUCUUCCGCGGGGUAAACGGGAUCCGUUUUAACGUCCACUCGAAACAGCUUGUCCGCUUCGGGCAGUUCGCUUCCUCGUCUUUGGUCAAAGAGAAGGCCCAAAGCUUUGGCCAGGACACCUUCUUCUCCAUCAAGACCUGUCACGGAGUGCCCAUUUAUGACCUCUCCUACUAUCCGGACGAAAGGGAAGUUCUCAUCCCGCCGUACGAGAAGUUCAUUGUGACCUACCACAAGAACACCCUAAACGGGGUCACCAUUGGAUUGAAGUCCCGCGGUGUUUCCAGCCGGUUCAACUGUGAGGCCCUGAAAGGCGGAGGUCACUAAGCUCCUAUG